AGAAUCGCCUUUGGACAAACGUUGGAAAGUUUUAAAUAUAUUAAAUUUAAUAUUUAAAUAUUAAUAUUAUUUGAAAGUUGAUUUUAGAAAUGUUUAAAACAAAUUGUAUUUUGUUAAUUUUGUUAUUCGGUUUGGUGGUUGCUGUUCGAGGACAAAUGUUAUCCAGUAGUCCUGAAUUGUUGUGCACAUCAAACGACCAGUGUUUCUACAUCUAUGGGGACAAAUCGCGAUGUGAAGAUGGAAAAUGCGUUUGCUAUACGGAGGAUAUGAAGAAUGUUACUACUUGUAUAUACAAAAAUCAGGGUCACAAAGUAACAGUGUUGGGAUUCACAUGCGAAACAACCCAAAACUGCAAACCCUUGAAUUCCAUCUGCGACCCUGCAACCAAAAAGUGCCUCUGUCCUCCGGAGUUCGGCGUCGAAUCUGCCGACCGAAAAAAGUGCCUAAAACCUCUGAAUUCGACCGAAGAAACUUGCGAAGACAUCAAACAAUGUCUUGGCGUGAUGGACGACACUGUUUGCAAAAAUGGAAGCUGCGUUUGUGGAGAUAAAUUUAAUUUUUACAACGGAUCCUGUAUCGCGAAAUCGAAGAUAAAUUUGGGUUGUUUCAACGAAGGCAACUGUAAGCAUAUCUUGUACUCCCAAUGUGUAGACCGCUUGUGCAGAUGUCACGAUGGAUAUUUGGCCAAAUUAGACGGAUCGGUAUGUUUGCCGAUUGCUGAUAAACUCGGCGACAUUUGCACGGAGCACUCGCAGUGCGAAUUCAAUAUGGGAAAGGGCUCUCAGUGCGAGGACAAAUUGUGCGACUGCAAAGAGGACUUUGUCGUCAACGAGAAUAAGACCUAUUGCGAUGUCAUUCCAUAUGUUGGAAAAGAAUGUCUAAACGAUGACCAUUGCAACGUUCCACCAAUAACUCGAGCACCAGAAACGAUGGAUUGUCACUCUGGAAUGUGCAGAUGCAAACCAGAUCAUUAUCAGAAGGAUUUGAAAUGUUUCAAAAAUGGUGCUAUCAAGAGUUCCCAUAAUUUACAUCUGUUUGUCGGAGCAAUUUUAUACCAUGUAGUUACUUGGUAACUGAUAGUUGAAUGAAGAUAUAUUUGGGUAAAAAAUAAAUGUUUAGUUUCAUAAUAUCACAGUAAUAUAUUUUAAUGAGAGUUCAAGUUCUUGUUUUUCAAACUGUU